AUGACACUCGUUGUAUUAUAGCCAACAAUGAUAUGUGGAAAUCAGAAAUAUAACUAAUGUGUGACAAAAUGGUUAUCUAAAGUUAGAUCAGGCAAUAUUGGAUAAUAGGCUAUACAGAGCUGACUGAUGUGAUGAGUAAAAUCGAUUAUUUCAAAUUACUGUAAAGGCUGCGUCGACCUUUAUAGUGUUUGAAAUAAUCCACCCUGUCUACGACUAAAACUUUUUACACGUUUUAAUCGUAGACAGGGUGGAUUUGGGUGUGCUAGCUUUUUGAAAAUGGACUGGAUCAAAAUGAACUACUCAAGGUUUCUAAAUGUGACUAGUCUGGGUAGGAAACCAUCACCAAUCAGAGUACUGACUGAAAUAGUGCUGAACUCACCAAAAACAUUGAUUUCCAUGGCUGGAGGGAUGCCAAAUCCUGAUUUCUUCCCGAUACAAGAUAUUUCACUAACUCUCAAAGAUGGAUCUAAGCUGAACAUAGACACUUCCUUGGUAACCAGAGCAAUGCAGUAUUCCUCCUCAUCGGGAUUUCCUGAACUUAUCAACUGGGUAAAGGAUCUCCAGGAAAGAGUUCACAAACCACCAACUCUGGGAAUCACAGACGAGAACAAAAAGCUGGACAUCAUCAUUACAAACGGAAGUCAAGAUGGAAUCUGUAAAACACUGGAAGCCUGCGUGUCAGCUGGUGACAAUGUUCUGAUCGAGGUUCCUACAUACGCAGGCACCCUCGCCAUCCUGAAUCCCCUUCAGCCGAAGAUUCUUGAAAUUGAGUCUGAUAAAGAUGGAAUCAUUCCUGGAAGUCUUCUCAGAUAUUUGUCAAAGUGGAAACCUGAGGAUUCCAAGAAACCAAACUGCAGCAUUCCAAGAAUAUUGUACUGUGUACCGAAUGGUGGAAACCCCACAGGAAGUCAGUUGACGUGGGAACGGAAGAAAGAGAUUUACAAACUUUGUCAGGACUAUGAUAUACUCAUUAUGGAGGAUGACCCGUACUUCUAUCUUCAAUUCAGCAAGCCCUAUGUCCCCAGUUUCCUGUCGAUGGAUGAAGAUGGAAGAGUAAUGAGAUUUGAUUCAUUUUCAAAAAUAAUAUCAUCAGGGAUGCGAAUUGGGUGUCUGAGUGGACCGAGGGCUUUGGUGAACAAAAUCAUCCAGCAUCAACAGGUGUCUGCAGUUCACUCCAGUGGGCUUUCUCAGGUGGUGCUGUUUUCCGUUCUCCAGGAAAUGGGUCAUGAUGGAUUUCUACAGCACUGUGACAAAGUGGCAGACUUCUAUAAGAGGCAGCGUGAUGCUUGUCUAGCCAUGGCUAACAAACAUUUGUCAGGUCUGGCCGAGUGGUUUGAACCUUCUGGUGGGAUGUUUUUGUGGUUAAAGUUUCCACAGAUCAAGGACACAUUUAAGCUAAUAUCGGAGAAAGCUAGAGCAAAAGAGGUGCUGUUUGUUCCCGGUAACGCAUUCAUGGUUGAUUCAAGUCUUCCGUGUCAGUAUUUGCGUAGUUCAUUCUCACUAGUCUCAUCUGAAGACAUGGAUAAGGCCUUUGAACGUCUUUCAGCACUUAUCAAGGAGGAACUGAAUCAGUAGAUUAGGCCUACAAGUGUUCAAUAUGCUAUAUACAUAAUCAGACGUGCUGAUAUUUAUAAACUUGUGAUCCCUGUGAAUUUCUGAAAAUAGUCCAUGGUGGUUAUUUAAUACAUACAGCUGUUUAAUACUAAAACAAGUUUAGAAACAAAGGUUGGUUAUUUUUAUAGUUUGUUAUGUUCCUUCUUCUAUCAAUAUAUAAAAAAAAAAACCCAACUGAGAUCCCUUCGUCUCCUCAGCAUUAUUAUAACAUACAAGACCAAUGUACCUGGUAAAUGUAAAUUAAGACAUUACUUAUCAAGAAAGGUGCUGAUACUAAGCUAAUACGUUUUACUAUUACUGAUUACCUCCCUUCAUCCAUGUUGGCUCCCCCACCUCCCCCCCUUCCCCGUGACACUCGGGAAUUUCUAAAACUAGUCCAUGUUGCAUAUUGCAUUUGAACUUGAAAAGCCCCAUGAGAAUCCGAUGUAGAACAUACAGUGCUAUAACCGUAUAGUGGUAGAAUGCUAUUAUUAAUAUUAGUGUACCUUUUGUGUAUUAAUUACCUCAGACUUGAGAUGAACGACUAACGGACAUUAUGCUCUUAUAUUGUAAUGUUUCUUGUUUUUGUAGUUUUAAAACAUAUUUACAUUUACUCAGAUUUUAUAUGUAUUUUCACAUAUUAAAACUUUUUAUAUUGCCCAAUGGGCACACACAGAUGAUUAAAUUUUGUUGCUAUUGAAAAUACUUUUGAGUGAGUGAGUGAAGACUUUCCCAUGCUCCUAUACCACUAAGGCUUCGAGCAUGUCCACCCCGGGUUCGGUCUCUGGAGGCCAGGGGCCCAAUCCGGGACAGAAAUUACUUAGGACAAUUUUGAAAUUAAACCAAUGGGGAAUACGGAUAUUAUAUAAUUAGUUUUUAUUUGCGCAAUUCCAAAAAUAAUAAUUAAUAUAAAAUAUAUAAUCCAUUUAAUUUAAAACUUUGUCGCAAAUUUAGAACGAGCAUUUCAAAAAUACAAAUAGUACAGAAACUCUUUAUUUUAGCCCUAUUAUUAUUUAGUAGGAGGUUGAUUAAAGGAGGUUAAGCAGCCGCCACAGGGUCCCAUUUCCCUCUAUCUCAAUAAAGUUAAAAACACGUAUAAAAUAAAUUAAAACAAAUUAAAAGAGCACGCUUGUAAACCUAUCAAUUUUAAAACAUAAACACCCAAUAAAAAUUAAAAGCAGUUCAUACAAUAUAUUUGGUCGGCGAGGAGGGGGCUGUUACUGCCAGAUAGCAACCCCAUCAUCAACCCGAAGUAAAAAAAACUACAAAAAAAAUUCAUUCAAACACCCACACCACAAUAUAAAUUAAUUUAAAAAUUAAAAUACAAUAUACUAUUUAUAUACAAUAUAAUUAAAAUAAUUUUAAAACCGGUACAUUACAUUAAAAUUAAAAAUCCAGCAAGCCAGGCGCAACAUUGCAGACGGAAGGGGCGAAAGACCGGACAGUAGGGGCGCAGGUAACAUCCUUCCAACCCCAGAAGGGGUGAGGAGCAAACAAUAAUGAGUGCUAUUACCCAGCCCACCAACAGUGAUUAUUUAUUGUGGGUCCCAUAAAAGGAACGGGCCUGCGACAUUUGCACCAAUCUAACAAUGCCUAGGCUAUGGCAGGAACCGCCCCCAGGAGAACCCUAUAAUAUUAUGUAUUUAUUUUAGAUUGAUAUACAAAAGCGACCAACAACCUGUCUAUUGUAUUUUUAUAUUCUUUAGGUGGAUUUAAUAAAUUAUAAGCAUUAAACUCUAUUUUAAUUUUAAUAAAAUAAUUAACCAGUUUCAGUCUAAUUUUGUCAUGUUUAGUACAUUUUAUCAAAAAAUGAUUAACAUCUUCAAUUGUAUGACAUACUAAACAGUUGGGUGACUUAACUUUUUUAAUUUUAAAUCUAACAUCAUUUAAAGCCGAAGAGACACCCAUUCUAAGUCUUGCAAUAAUUAAUACUUUUGAGAUUAAAAAUUUGUUACUGCAUCACAGUUCUAUAAUAUAUACCUGGAUUUAAAAAAAAAAAAAAUUGCAUUCUUUGUAUUAUAAAACUAAAUUUUCCAUCAAAUAUAAUUUUCAUCUCUUUUUUUUUUUUUUUUUUUUUUCCUGGGGAAAGGCGUCAUAUUAUACAUGCUAUUUUUAAAGUAUUUGUACACAAAUUUUUCUUAUUUUGUAUUUAUCUUUUAUGCACACUUGUUGCUGAGAAGAGCAUUAGUUAUUUUUUAUAACACAUAUAUGUGUGAUAACAAUUUAAAGACAUACGGCUGGCUGUUCCUAGGUGAUGACCAGGUCGCCAGUGCCAUACUAUCCAAUCCAAAACAGCCUGAUUGAAAUUGAUUACUCUGUUAUGUACAAUUUAACCAGAAACCGAUGUAUCAGUGACACAUAAGUUAACUACACGCGCUUGGACCGUAAACAAGUUUUAUAUGAAAAAUAUAUUUGAAUGUAUUUUGAACCAGGGUUUUUAAAGACAUAUAAGAACUAGAAUACAACAUUGUGUCCGUUAGAUAUCAUCUAUCUUACAACGUUAAAAAAACAUAUUAGAUACGGUUUAAAACAACUCGUUAUGAGAUGUAUCUAUGAUAUCUAAUGGCCACUAAUGUAGUAUGCUAGUCCGUUAUCAACGUUUCUAGUGCAGUCAUUAUUACUGUACUGUCAUCUUUGACAGUAGCUUUAUGAUGAGUUGAUUUAUAAAAUAAAAAACAAUAUUUUG